AAAUGACGUUGUCUGUGACGUGUCGUUUCAUGAAAAUCCUGUCCUAAAUAAGUUAACGUAGCGUUUGCCAAAUUUGUAUACGUGUAUAAUUUAUAUUAUUGCGGUAAAAGAAGAUUAUUUAAUCUUAAUUGAUAAAAAUAAUUCUUUAAGAUAAUAGAUGAUGUUAUAAAAAGAGAACCGUGUUAAAAUUAUGUAGCAUGUCGAAAGGACCCUGACACCUGUCAAUGUUUCACUUGUGCUAAUAAUACUCUGCAACAAAUGUUAAUAUUGAUAUUAAAUAGCUUCCUAAGAAAAUCAUGGACAUCGAGACGGAAAAUGUAAUAAAUCUGGUAUUUCCAGAAAAUAUUCCAGAAUCGUGGAAAGAAAAUCCUGAAUUUUAUCAAUACCUCUCAAAACUUGGUGGCUUUGAUGUAGAUCAGCUGAGUAAAGAACCUGAUCACUUGUCCGAUGAGAAAAAUGCAGUGCUUCAAACUACACAGGAAUUGGUUUUUGCAAACUAUAAAACUUUUAUCCAGACAGCAGAGAGUUCCCGAGAAAUACUUAAUCAUUUCAAUGAGACUGAGAACCGUCUUGACAAACUUGUAGAAAAAAUCCCGAAAUUUGUAGAAAAGUGUCAAUCAUUUUGUGACACUUCAAAGGAUAUUAAUGUGCAUCGAAGAUUAAAUAGCUUAACGCUGACACGAAAUGCAGAACUGCUCGAAAUUCUUGAAAUGCCCCAAUUAAUGGAAUCAUGCUUGAGGAGCAAUCAAUAUAAUGAAGCAUUGGAAUUGUCUCAAUAUGCUCGUCAAUUAGGAGUAAAACACGGAGAUAUUCCUAUUAUUUCGUCUAUAGUAGCGGAGAUUGAAAGCAGCUGGUCAGGAAUGGUAGGACAAGUAGUCGGAUCUUUAAGAGGAGAUUUGCCGCUUCCAAGAUGUCUUCAGCUUGUAGGUUUGCUACGAUCAAUGGAUGCAUUUACGGAACCAGAACUUCGCAUAAAGUUUCUUCAAGCAAGAGAUAGUUGGCUACAAGGCUUGUUAAAUGCGAUACCGAAGGAAGAUCCUAAUGUUCAUAUAGCCAAAACGAUAGAAUUAUCUAGGAUACACUUGUUCAAUAUAAUAACUCAGUACAAAGCUAUGUUUAACGAUGACGAAUUAGUAAUCCCUGGCCGUGAUUUGACGCUAAAUGAAUCCGCGAUAUUUUAUCAUUGGCUAGAGGAAAAGAUAUCGCAAUUUCUCGCUACAUUGGAGCAAGACUUACCUGGUGUAACGUCCAUAGAUUCCAUUCUAGGCCAAUGUACGUAUUUUGGAUUAUCAUUUGGUCGAGUAGGUGUGGAUUUUACUGGCAGAAUAUCGGAUAUAUUUGUGCGAGUCAUUGGUGAAAGGUUUGAACAAGAUAUUCGUAGAACAACUAGAAAGUUUGAGAAAGACAUGGAAACGUUUACAUUGAUCAAUAAAACACAACGACUCGAUAUCAAAACGGAGACUACCAUUAUCUCUGAAAAUCCGCCUGAACAAUUGGUUGAAUUUUAUCCUCUGGCCGAAUAUUGCAAUGGAAUAAUAACAGCGUUCAAUGAACUGAGACUCUGUGCACCAGUGGCACUCUCUACCUUAUGCACAAAAUUGCUCCAGGAAUCAUUGCAUAGUGUGGCGAGAGCUAUGUUGAUAUUUUACAAGCAAGAACAGCAAGCCUUUGCAGCAGCGGAACGGGAAAAUAUGAUCAAAUUCACGGAAUGUUUGAGCGAACAAUUGAUUCCUUAUAUACAGCAUUGUAUACACUUGACCUUUCCACCUGUCCAAAUUGCGAUGCAUUUAGGAAUAUCGGUCAAUGUACUCCAAAAAGAGGAAAUUACAUAUUUAAAUAAGAAGAGUAUAUUAGAACCUGUGGUUAUACUAUUGCCUAUUAGAAAAGAUUCUUUAAAAUUAUCCGUGUCUAAUAUACAGACAUUAACAUCACAUGAGACAAAAUCUUCCCUUGCAUCACUAUUUUCUUUGCCAACAAAAACUGUGGAUUCUACCUCAAAAACUAUUGAAAUGGAAGAAGCAAAGAAGAAAGAUAUUAUUCAAAAAGGGGCGAAGCAAAAUGUACAAAAUUUGCAAAAUUUUGUUGACAAUAUAAAUCAAAGUAUUUAAUUGUUCAUUUUUUAACACAAUUGCUUGCUAUUCUAUAUAUAUAUAUAUAUUUGUAGUGUAAAUAAAAAAUUUUGACAA